AUGGCAGCACAGAGAACUGCUCCUCAGCUUGUGCCGCUGCUGUCUGUAGCUGUGGCUGGUCGCCAAGCAGCCACGCACCUUCUCACGAGAAGACGUGGAAGCUGCAACGGUUCAGGCUGGCAUGCGGUGGCCACGGCAUUUGCCGGCACUUCGUUGCGCUUGGCAUGGCGCUACGGCACGACAGCUAUGGGCAAGCAUCCCAGCGUUCGGCGAGCUGGCACGGCGGUCGAGCGGCACCUGACGCGGCUGCCAGGUACUCGGCAGGCAGAGGAUCUAAGGAUGCCGCCUUCGUUGUCACAGCCCGUGCUGGAGCUUCGUCAAAGCUUCCGCUGUGCACCCCCGGGCCUUGUGCAAGCCCUGGCAGACGUGCUGGGCCUUCCGCGACAAGCCGAAUUGCUGGCCCUGGCCCUUGGCGAAGAUGCGGAGAAGGUGCUGACCAGCAUGGCCAAGCAGCGGGCAGAGGCGAUCGCUUCUGGAGACCGUAGCAUCGCAGUGGGACCGGAUCGACUACUGGACGCGACCUGGGCUUUGGCAGGAGAAGCUGAGCUCGCCGAAAAGCUUUCCGAGAUUUUCUCUGCAUACCUGAUGGAGAUCCUGCAGAUUGCGCGCGUGUCCGUCGCUUUCCAAGAGAUGAGCGUCCCUGUCGCGGACUGGCGGCAUGCUUGGGCUGACGCGGUGGUCACGAAAAAGCACGUCGCAGAGCUGUGGGCCGGGUCCGGGCAACUGGGCGUCGGCUUCACGACGCUGGAUGCGGUCAGUCCGGAGCUGGCAAUGCGUGCCCGUGCCGAACUUGAGACCAUGGCGGCCCAGGGCGCGCUUUCCGACUUCUCGCAGAGCACUUGCAACCCUGGCUCUCAGCACCUGUGGCUUCGCUUCGCGUCACCAGAGGAGCGGCAGGACCUGCAGCGCCGUGCGCCUGCUCUUCUGGAGCUUGGUGAAGCACUGUCCGGCUUGCCUGGUGCACUCCAGCGCGUGGCACAGGCUGCGGGUAUCCAUGCACCUGCCAUGCGGCUUUUCCCGUCGCUAAUGGCAGCAACCUACGGCCCGGGCUCCCACUACGUCCCGCAUCAGGACAAAUAUAGUGGAGGCAGUGCUGGGUUUGAGAACACACGCAUGCUCACCAUUCUUUGCUACCUGAACCCAGACUGGCAGCCUGGCGAUGGUGGUGAACUGAGGGUCCUGGCCACUCGAAAGGAGCCGUCGGAUCAGCCUGGACCUGGCAGCCGUGUGCCGGAGCUUUUGCGCAUCUCGGCGGACCAUUCCGAGUCCACCGCAUCCACAGCUUGCGACAGCGAGACCUUCGUGGACAUUCCUCCGCUUUUGGGUCGGAUCGUCAUGUUUCAGUCGCGAGAGGUCUGGCAUGGCAUACAAGCAUCAAAAGCUGCCCGGCGCUGGGCGGUGACCCUUUGGCUCUUAGCUGGCUCGGACUAG